AUUCACUCUUCUUCUUCUAUACUAACUUCUUCUUCUUCUUCCUUCCUUUCGACCCACUACGCACCAUGUAUACACGCGCCACCGAUUCCCUCACCCACUUCCCGCCAUCGCCAACUCACAACUACCAACUUACCCUCAGCGAGCUGGACUCGCUCUCGCAACUCAACUCGGAGGUGAGUUCCAAUGCCAAUUACAGUGGCAGCAGCGGGAGCACCAGUUACGUGGGGUCGCCGAGCUCGCUGGCAAGUCACGAGACUCAGCGAGUUGGCUUGAUGCAGAGGAGCGUUAGCAGCCACUCGCUGCAGAAGAAUAGUGGAGUCCACCACCCCUUCUCUGCUCUGUUCGCUGAGUUGAUGGACUCGAAGAACGGUCCGGUGCGGAGAGUUUACAGUACCGGUGAUCUGCAGAGUGCUAGAGGAAUGUCACAUUAUCAUCACUCAGAUAGUCCUUUGUCAACUGAGAGUAGUAUGAUAAUAGAAGAAAUGACCAGGGCUGCCAGUCCUUAUAGCCCAGAGGAGAAGAAGUUGAGGAUUGAGCGGUAUAGAAGCAAGAGAAACCAGAGGAACUUCACCAAGAAAAUUAAGUAUGCUUGCAGGAAGACAUUGGCUGACAGCCGGCCACGUGUUAGAGGACGAUUUGUGAGGAAUGAUGAAAUUGUGAUGGACACUUCAGUAACAACCGGAGAGGAAUUAGAAGAUGAUGAAGAUGAGAAUUGGACCAAUUUCUUUGAUUCCUUGGUUCCUGAAAAUCAUGCUCAUGAUCCUCAAAGUAGCUCCUCCUUUGAUAUGUUCUACUAAAAUAAAUAAAAAAUAUGGCUGGUUAAUUAAUUUGUUUGCUUGUGAUCAAAUUAAGUAGGUAAUGUAAAUAUAUUAAAUGGAAAUAUUGAAUCAUGGAUGUGAAUGUGACCAUGUGCAAUGUUAGACUUAGUGUGGGGUGAAAUUUUUUAGUGCCCACUUUAUCUUUUUCAUAGAUUAGGCCUCAGUAGCAGCAUUAUACUGUUGGAUAAAUCUUAAACAAGUUGUACUUGGGGUUUAAUUCUUAUAUAUAUCAUGUAUAUUAUGA